GAAGUUGGCAGUACUGCAGAGGAGAACCACGAGAGGAGUGAGAAAGACGUGCACAUGUAAGUGCGUGUGUUAAGGCCUCCAGUGGUAUUAGAAAAAGAGGAAACAUGUCUAGUGCCUUGAAAUCAUACGUGGAGAAGUACCUGUUGAAUCCUGGAGCGUCAUUUAAUGUAGAUGAUGACGGGAAUGAAGAAACUAAAGCCCAGGUUGUGGACUCGCUGUUGGAUGAGGAGAGGGUGGAUGUUAGACAGCAACCCCUCAGUAAGCUAAGGGCCAGGCGGGCUGCUCUUGAGGCUGAAAAGGAUCCACGCUACAAGGGCAAGAAAGUUCUGAGGAAGGACUUGAAGAAGGAUAAUGAGGUUGACUUUGAUCCAGAACUUGCUAAAUUUUGCAUCAUGGAAGGAAGUGAAGAUGAUGAUGAGGAAGGAGAAGAGGAGGAAGAUGGUGAUGAAGAAGAAGAGGAGGAAGAGGAGGAGGAACAGAGUGAUGAUGAAAAUAAUGAUAAACUGUCAAGGAAAAUGAAAAAGCUUGGAACGAAUGAAUUUGAGGAAGAGGAAGAUGGGGAGGAUGAGGAUGAUGAGGGAAGCAGUGAGGAAAAUGAAGAGGUGAAGAAGCUUUAUCAGGAUCUUCAGAGGAAACAGGAAGGUGUCACAUUUAUUGACGAUGGCGACUUUAGCAAAUUUGCCGAUGAUGUGGAUGAGGAGGAAGAUGAUGAUGAUGAGGAGGAGGAGGAGGAGGAAGAGGAUGAGGGUGUACAGGAAGAUAUGGAUAUGGAAGACACACAGCAGAAGGAAGGACCACUGAGGAAGUUCCGACAAGAGGACUCAUCGGAGGAGGUGAAGAGAGGACAGGCCGUGAAGAACCAGCUAGGAAUAUACGACUCCCUGUUUGAGGGACGUAUUUGUAUGCAGAAGGUGGUGGUGGCAUCCAAUCAGCUACCUCAGCAUGACACGUACAAACUUUUUUUGAGGGAACAAGACCCAAAUUACCUGAAAAACUUGACUGCAGCGAGAGUGGCCAGCAAAAAACUCCUUGAUUCACUGCUUCAGAUACAGGAGCUUCUGUUGCGGCAAUACCCGGAGACCAACCACAUUGUUACCGGCAAGGCAGCCAAGGACACGGGCACUGAGAGUAAUGAAGAGAUAACCAGCAGUGAGGAGGAGGAGCAGCAACAGCAGAGUGUGGCAGCAGCAGGGGAAGGUUUCAAGGGAGUGAAGCGUAAAAUGAAAGUAGAGGAGUAUGAGGAAGUGCUGAGCAAGAGACAUGCAGCAGUGUUGCCAUUCCGGGACCAAACCAUCAACAAAUGGUACGAGAAGACAAGGUUACUCUCCAGCCACAGUGCACGAGGCAACAGGUUCAGCGGCUUUGAGACCUCGGCCCUGCAGCAGCUCCACAACAUCCUGGCCAACAGAGAGCCGCUGGUCCGUCGCACCCAGAUGACCGGUACCACCCGCGGCGCCACCUACCAUGUGUUGGGCCGCCACAGGGAGUCCACCAAGGUGGAGGACGUGGAGUAUGAUUCAGAGAUAUUCGAUGACACUGACUUUUACACGCGGUCGCUGGAGGAGGUGCUGAAGGCCAAGGUGUCUCUGUCGGAUAACAUGACGGAUGUGUCCCGCAAGUGGAUUGAGAUACAGAACCUGCGGCGGAAGGCAAAGAAGAAGGUGGACAAGAAGGCAAGCAAAGGAAGGAAGCUUAGAUAUGAAGUGAUGAGUAAGCUGCAGCAGUACAUGGCACCCUCACACUCUCCUCAGAUGGACGACAGUGCCAUCAACACCCUCUUCGCCUCACUAUUUGGCAAGUCAUUACAGAAGCAGAGGUUGCCCAAGACUCAGUGAUAGGGUUAGCAGUCUGUAUCUUAUCAUUAUAUUGUUGUGUACUUCUUGUAU